UACCUAAAUUUACAGGAUAUGGAAAUCAAUACUUCAAGAAACUUGACGUCAAUUUGGAAGAACUAGACAGAACAUUUCUUGAGGAAUACAAAUGUAUUAUCCACUCAAAAGCUAAUGAAGUAAAUCUGGUCAAUUUAGCAAAAUGGGAGCCCCGACAUGGCAAAUUCAGGUACAGACAUCCAUGGGAACAAUACUUGAAAAUCGGAGAUCUUGUUCGUGAUUGUGCCAUUAACAUCGACGCUUUAAACUCAUGUCUUAGCUCCUGCAUUAUGACACCAGAAGGAAAGGAAAGAAUUCAAGAACCAUGCACAAAAAUGAGCGUAGAGUGUGGAUGUGCAUUGAAAGAAUUAGCAUUGUCAAUGAAAACAAUGAUUAUUUAUCCAACAACUGAUUCUCAUAUUCUAAAGGCAAAAGCAGCUUCUGAAAAACUAAGGUCCAUAAUUAGAAGUGGUAGCUUGAGUGAAGAAGCAGAGUUGCGGCAGCUGCUUCCGACGACAAGAGUAGCUUCGCUUGUUCUAGAUUUAGUAACCAGCUCUGUGGAAAUCUUGGACUCUGUUAAUCAACUUGCUGUUCUUAUGAAAUUCAAGAUUUUGGCAUCGAAACCAAAGCGAUUGGGGAGCAAGAACAGAAUCCCGAGUGGCAAUAUUGGAGAAGCACAUAUUGCAAUUAAUGUUGAGUGAUACCUAGGUUAACACACAAUCAUCAUUGUAAAAAGAGUUCGUUUUCAUAACGGAUAAAUCUAGAGGAUCAGUGGCACAUAGUCCAAACUCGCUCGAUAAUGCGUCCGCUUGUUAACUCUUUUUUCCCUUCGAAACUUGUUGAAUAUGGGCCCGGCCCUUUACCCUUGUUCACUUAAUUAAAUAUAGGCUUUUGGAUGAGUUUGAACUCGUGAUAUUUGUUUAACCCACACAUCACGGGUUGUACUUUCACCACUAGACCAAAGUCCUCGCUGGUUAUUGUAAAAAGAGUAAUAUUGUAUGGAAUGAAAUACAAAUUGUCUUGUAAGACAAAAUUUAUGCAGUGGUUCUUUUCUUA